AUGGAUAAACUUGUUACUCGUUCUGUUGACAAUAAUGCGUCAGUAAGUCAACCACCAAAAGAAAAAAGAAAAUACAGUAAUAUUCGUCAGUAUCACGGAGAUUACUUAAAAAUGGGAUUUUCUUGUACUGGUGAUACAGACGAUCCUCGUCCAUGGUGCGUUGUAUGUGGUGAAAAAUUGUCAAAUGAAGCAAUGGUGCCCAGUAAACUUAAACGUAAUUUGUUUACUAAACAUUCACAUUUGAUCGACAAAAAUAUAAAAUAUUUUCAACGUUUAUUAAAUUCACAAAAUAAACAAAGUAAAAAUAUGACAACAAUUGUAAAAAUUUCUGAUAAAUCUCAAGAAGCGAGCUAUGUAGUAGCAGAGCUUGUGGCUAAAACAAUGAAACCACAUACAAUUGGUGAACAGUUAAUUUUACCCGCUUGCCGUGAAAUUGUAAAAAUAUUUUUUGGAAUAGAAUUUGUUCAUCUAAAAAAAGGUCAGUGUGCCGUGAAAAUUUUUUGA